UGACAAGGAGGGGGGGAGGGGUUAAAAAUUCCUUAAAUUCGUGUGACGUAAUUUAUGGAUGGCCCCAAAAACAUACUUGUCAAUAGUGCCAAAAGAAAAUCCCAAAAAGGGUAAUAAAAAAUGAUUGAAAGACGUAUGUCAUUCGCGCGUGUACAAUAAUAAGUAAUAAGGUAAGUGAAUGAAAUUUAUGUAUUUUUUUUUUACACAUGCAAAUAAUGACUUCAUUGAAUUCAAUUGGAAAUAGCAGCAGCUGCAAAUAUAAAUUGUUAAGACAGUAUGUGAAAAUAAGUGUGUGUUGUUUGAAAUUGGACUGCGCAGUCCAAUAUAAUACGCGAUGCAUACAAAUGUGUUUUAUGUGUAUAAGGCGGCCUGCACAAUCCAAUAUAUGUAAUAUGUGAAAACAAAUGUUUGAUAAUAAUAUUUAUCUUUACUUUGAGAUUCUGUUAAUAUUUUUUAUUUAAUUAAUCUUUUCUUUCAGUUAUUAGUAAUUUUUUUAGUGAAUGUAUUUGUAUUUCUGUAAAAAUUGUAUAUUAAUAAAGAAGAAAUAAAAACAUUAUUCAAAAAAUAAAUUUGAAAUGUUAAUUUAGAAUUCUUAAAAUUGCGUGAGGGGAACUCACUACUUUUUUCACUAAUUUGUGGUCUUGGAAACCUCGUGUUUCACUAGUUAUUCACCACUUUUGGCUGGCAGGGUAUACAUUAAUUUUAGAGAACAAAUGUACCUUCAUAUGUAUGAUGGCAAGAAUAUUGAACACUUUCCAAUAAAUUUGAAUAAUGAUAAAUAUUAUAUUAUUGGAGUAAAAAGUCCAAUAACGCCAAAUUAUACAACGUAUCGCUUUGCAAUAUUUUACGUUGAAUUAUAUCGAUACUUUCCAGUAGUUUCUUUUCGUUAUCCCGCUUGUAAAUGUUGUGUUAGAUGGCUGAUUCCUCAGCAUUGCGGAAGAUCAUACUUAGACAGUUAUGUAAGGGACUUGUAAAGCCAGAAGAAAGUUCUGUAGUUGGAUAUUAGUUAUCGGCAAAACGCUCUGAGCUUAUCACUAAUUACCGCAUGAAUUUCGACCCCAGCUAUAAAUUUCUCUACUGAUAAAGAGAUGGCGCUAAAUCAAAGUCGCACAAGGAGACUUCGAAUAAAUCUUCGGUGAUGAGAUUAAAAAGUGUCAUUUUUAUAUGGUGAAAUCCUGCUAAAUCGAUCAGAUUAGUGAAAUAAUCUACUCAACAGCCUAAAUCUUGUGAUUCAGUAUCGGUGGGGACAUUGUAUUUUUUGACAGAUUUGAAGUCCACUGCCUCCUUUGCGUUUACAUCAUCAGAGGCAAGCAGUUUUAUAUUGCUAAUUAAAUUAUGUGCAAGUAUAUUAAAAAAAAAAAAAAAAUUAUAAUAUUUUUAUCCAUUUUUUCAAUAUUCUUAACUUUUUCGCACACUUUUUCCGCUUUUUCCGUUAAAUUUAUAUUGAUUUUCCAAAAAUACCAAAAUUUCUAUUAAUAAUUUAUCUUAAUCAUUUUUAUUUCACUUUUUUUAAUAAACGAACAAAUUUCACUAUCAGCUAAGGAAUUGUCAAAUCGUGUUAAAUUACAAAAUAUUGAAUAAAAAAUGGACAUUGGAAGAAAAAGUCGGGCUGGGAUUUAGAAUAGCAUCCCCGGCUUUCGGGGAUAAAAUGGGUGUUGUUGGAAAGGUGACGUUCUCCAGAUCACGAAAAUAUAUACAUUUAGUUGCCGCUGACUUAUAGUUUUAAAGAUAUUUGCAUUUAAAUGUGAAAAAUUGACAACUUUUACUUUGAUAUUUUGUUUAUUGUGAAUAACUUUUUCACUUAUAUUAUGCACUUUUCACUUACUAACACCUCACUAUAACGUUUUUGCAUAUUUAUUUUAUUAAUAUUUAUUGAAAUUAAAGCUUUAUUUCAAUUAUUUUAUUUUAGUUAAAUUCACUUCAUUUACACAACAAGAAUAGGGUUGCAUACUAGCAAAAAAUUGGUAUUGCCAUAUCUGCGUAGUUGUCAACAAAAGAAAAUAAGCAAAAACUUUAUACCCCAAAUAAAUAAACGGAAAACGCAACAAUCUUAAGCAAUUUUUUACAAAAGAAAAAAGUUGCAGAAUGGAGUUUUACGCGAAAAAACUCUGAGCAAAAAUUGUAUACCCCAAAUACAUAAACGGAAAACGCAACAAUCUUAAGCAAUUUUUUAUAAAAGAAAAAAGUUGCAGAAUGGAGUUUUACGCGAAAAAACUCUGAGCAAAAAUUUUAUACCCCAAAUACAUAAACGGAAAACGCAACAAUCUUAAGCAAUUUUUUAUAAAGGAAAAAAGUUGCAGAAUGGAGUUUUACGCGAAAGAAUUUUGAACACCCCGGUGUUCAAAUUGGCCAGGUUUAUUUUUUUUUGAAGCGCGGCCGAAGGCCGCCAGUACAGAAAGGUGUUCUACGCGAAGGAACUCUGAACUGCCGACCUUCGGCCGCGCUUCAAAAAAAAAUAACCCUGGCCGAUCCAACACCGGGGAUUCAAAAAACUAGAAUAAUUUUUUAAAGCUUGGAUAAAAAAUGUAAUACCGUGAAGGGUAUAACUCCCUUUUUAACACUUUAUUUUCUUUAACGGGAAUAAUUCUAGCAGCAAUUGUACUGUUAGUUUUCAAACUAAGUACUUUUUUUCUUUUUUGUUUCGCAAUUAGCAAGUUUAGCAAGUGUGGUUAGUGAUUUUUAAAUAUUUUUAAUUUUCUCAAUUUGGUUUUUAAUAAAAAGAAAAAAAUUAAAAAAUGUUUCCACAACGAUCAGGUAUGUUAUCAAAUAUUUCUAAAUUUUUAAAUUUUUAAUUAAGUAUUCUCUGUAGAUUUCGAACAACCUUCCUCCAGCCGCGGUGCCCGUAAAAGUGUUCUUACCGUUGCAGAACUUAAAAAAAUGUGGAACAUUACCAAAGUUGUAGCGACGUUUAGCACUAGGGAGGACUGCAUUGCCUUUGCAGAAAAAGAGGGCUUAAUUUUAGACAAUAAAUUGUGCCGCAAGCAUAAGACACCCAUGAUCCCCACUCUAUCGGGUAAUAAUACGGUAGGGUCUUUUAGAUGCCGAAGAGGUAGUUGCCGUUCCCUGCCUGCUGUAUCUAGGGCCAAAGGCACUUGGUUUGAGAAUGCAAAGAUACCAUUGCCUCAGAUAUUUUAUCUGAUGUUCGCAUAUGCGUCUCAUUGGUGCCAGACCGAAGUCAGAAAAAAUAGCUUUAUAGCUAUUUUGUCAACAGCCACAAUAUGCGAUUGGUACAGUUAUUGCCGAGAGGCCGUUGUGUUGUACCAAAUAGACCACGAAGAGGCUGUGGGGAAAAUUGGCGGUCCCGGAAAAGUUGUACAAAUCGAUGAAAGCAAGUUUGGAAAACGAAAAUACAACAAAGGUAGGAGAGUUGAAGGUCAUUGGGUACUGGGCAUGGUAGAGGAUGGGAGCGAGGAUUUGAAAUUGACAGUGUGUCCCGAGAAUGUACGAUCUGCUGAGGUGCUCAUACCUAUUAUCAAGAAGCACGUGGCGGAAGGGUCAAUUAUAUGUACAGACUAUUGGAGGGCAUAUAAUUGCCUUUCCGAUCAUGGGUAUGAGCACCGAAGGGUCAAUCAAAGUGAUCCGGAAAAUCCCUUUGUCGCCCCAGACGGGACACACACUCAAAGAAUUGAGUCACAAUGGCGUGUGAUCAAGAGAUUCUUUUUAAAGGACAAUUUCUCAAACCAACAAAACUUUGCUGAUUUGAUAAUUUAGUAUCUGUGGCGUACAACCAUAAGAAGAAACCGUGAAGACCCUUUUGAAAAGCUUUUACAAGCAAUAAAGCAUACAUAUAAACCUUAAAUUUGUUUUUGCUUUUAUUUAUGACAAUAUAUUUUUUAUAUUAAAAUUUUUAUAGGUAUUUAGGGUAUAAUGAUUUUGCUUAUUUUCUUUUUCUGACAACUACGCAGAUAUGGCAAUACCACUUUUUUGCUAGUAUGCAACCCUAUUCUUGUUGUGUAAAUGAAGUGAAUUUAACUAAAAUAAAAUAAUUGAAAUAAAGCUUUAUUUUCAAUAAAUAUUAAUAAAAUAAAUAUGCAAAAACGUUAUAGUGAAGUGUUAGUAAGUGAAAAGUGCAUAAUAUAAGUGAAAAAGUUAUUCACAAUAAACAAAAUAUCAAAGUAAAAGUUGUCAAUUUUUCACAUUUAAAUGCAAAUAUCUUUAAAACUAUAAGUCAGCGGCAACUGAAUGUAUAUAUUUUCGUGAUCUGGAGAACGUCACCUUUCCAACGACACCCAUUUUAUCCCCGAAAGCCGGGGAUGCUAUUCUAAAUUUUACCCAAAAGUCGCACUUGCAAUUAUGGCUACACUUUUUUUGUGUAGUCGAAUCUUUAGGUAAUAACACAUAUUAUUUAAUGGUGGGUAGGUUGAUGAUUUUGGGUGACCUUCCUGAAAUUUGUCGUGGAGUAAUGUAAGACGUCGAUUUAAUUCACCAUGCUAACGAUAAAUGCAGAUUCUUGAUAGAGUUUUAUCGUAAACAAUUUAAUUAAGUUUAUCCCUCUUGAUGCGUUAAUCCACGUCGAAAGUUGUAAAAAAUAAUCGGUCGAAUUUGUUCGCUGUUUAAUUCUAUUUUUUGGUCAAGAUGCAUAUUUUAAGUUAGCAACACAAAUAGCGCCUGUAUGUCAAAACAUUUUGAGUAUGCAUAUCAUCAAAAAUGCCAAACUUUACAAUAAAAUUGUGAGUUUUCAGAUUGCAACACUAGUGUAUAUACCAAUCUCAAGAUAAUCCUUAAAACGUAUGAAUUUUUAAAAACCAUUUGGAAACAAUUAUGUAAACUUGUGCGAAAGUUGUUCUUAUGGAUCCUGCUACCCCUUUUGAACACUAUUGUGCCUAAUGGCCGAUUCACUUUGACGAAUCGCAUAUUAACAACAAAAUAUGUCAGAAUGAACUUUUUGCUUUCUUUACUUCUCAUUAAUAAAAAUGACGACUUUUGUUUAGCAAAACUUAAAAGGAUAAAAGUUGCCCAACAUUUUGCUUAGAUGUAAUUGAACUCAUAUUAAAACCUUUUGUGUCAAAGCAAAAGUCUGAAAUAAAGCGAAGCGAAAGUUCUAUGUGAAUCAACCCUAAAUCUUUUCAAGGUUUUCUUUAGUAUAAAGUAGCGUUAAUUUAUUGCCUACAUUUGUAUUGUCAUGGUGCGGCCGUAUUUUCAGAUGAUUCAAUGCUUAGGCUUGCAAGGUUAGUGCAGGAAUCGUGGAAACUUUAGUAUACCAUCCCACGAUUUCAGGGUUAAAAGUGAUAUGGUUGAAUAGGGCUGAUGCUCCAGAUUAAGAAAAUAUAUAGUUGUUGUCGCUGCAAACUUAUAGUUUUCGAGAUAUUUGGAUUUAAAGCAGAAAAUUUUGCAAAUUUUAUCUUGCAAUUUCUCGAUUUCUAGUAAUUAUUUAUUUCAUCAUGCACUUUUUAUGCACUUAUACUUCAUAACAUUGUUUCUACAUAUUUAUUUUUUAGUAAUUAUUUAGUUGUUUGCUUAAAAUAAGCAUUUUAUAUUUUACACAAUUUUCAUUCCAUGCACAAUAACAAAAAUAU